CUCUCCCAGCGUCCCCGCAGCAUCCCUCCCUCCCUUUCCCGGCCAUGGAGAGCCUGAUGGAGAAUCCGAUGAGAGCUGUGCUGUACCUCAAAGAGCUGACCACCAUCGUGCAGAACCAGCAGACGCUGAUCCAGACGCAGAGGCACAGGAUCCACGAGCUGGAGAGGAAAGUGGAGGAGCUGCUGGAGGAGAACCAGAGCCUGAAAGAUCAGCCGGUGAGCGGCGGCGGCCACCACCACCACCACCACCACCAUCAGCAGCAGCAGCAGCAGCAGCAGCAGCCAGACCCCCAGCAUCAGGACCGGGAUCCGAACCACAAGCACCCGGCCAUCAGCACCAGGGCAGCGAUCAUCUGCAACCCAGAAAACGAAAAUGUUCUACAUCAGUUCUGUUGCCCAGCAGCCGAUGCUGAACAGAAGCUCCCCUCCAGCAAUCAUUCCUCAAGAGUCUAUGGGACUGAUGGAAGCAACCCAACCGUGCCAAGGAUCAUCUAACUCAGCACAGAUCAGAGAUGGAAUCUGGGACCUUCAAGGCCUGUAUGGCUCAGGAUCACAACCAUCAAAAUCUUGCCGAAAGUUGAUACUGUGCUCAGCGUCUUCAAAAUAAAUUGGAUUUCAAAUAAUCCCAAGAUUAUUCCAAGUGCAUCAUUAUGUUUAGACAGAAUGGACUGCAGACUAUAACAGCCACUGUGAUUAUCACUAUUGUUUAACAUCUGAUGCCCCAAAUUUCUCAUGAUUUUAGCCUUAAGUUGAUGUCUUAAUAAUUAAAAUUUAUGCAGAAUUUGUGGAAAUUCUCAAAUUUACUUUUCACUUUGAAACCGUCUUUCCAUACUUAUUAAUCCCUCCACUUCUUCUGUCCACAAAGACAUCAAUGGAGCAACUUCUUGAAUCGAUCAGGACUGGAGUAUUUAACUUUUCAUGAUUGACCUGCUCACCUUGUUGGACUCAUUUAUCUGUUUAUAAAAUUAUCUUGUGGGAGGGAUACUGUUGUUACUGCUGAUUUCCGGUUGCUUUUUGCCUUGUGAAACUUUCAGUGAAUCUGGAUUGGAAAAUACAAACUAUAGUAAGAAAUUUAAGAGGGCUGUUGCCUAGGUACUAUAUAAAUCAGGACUGAACAGAUAGGCUACUUUACGAUGCCAUUUAAACUCUUCAGGCAUGUUGUGGAAUCCCUGUCAUCAUUUAUUCUGUAUAAUUCAAUUGUAAUGUUUAUGAUAUGAUCAUAAAGUAUGAGAAUGAAGCUCCACGUUUAGUAAUUGGGCCUGAAUUUCAGUCUUACAUUCUUAACUCUUAGUAGAUGGAAAAAAUA